UCUUCCACUUCCUCCUUUUUUUCCUUUCUUCACACACUACCAAUGUCCUACACAAUCAAAGGCGACAGUGCAGUUCUGCAGGUUGUCGCUGCGAUCGUCCGCGAGCACGGCGUCCAGGUCAAGAUCGAGGGCAAGGGCGUCCCCGCUGGCCAGCUCGAGCUCACCACCGCUCAGGGCGCCAAGGUCGGCCCGGCCACUGCAUACAACCUGGCACGAUUGCUGUCGCGUCUGGCGCCAGCAUCGGGCCUCUAUGGCGCGCAGGGCGAUGCGCUCGUCGCCACCGAGGUCGAUACCUGGGUCGACUUUGCCGCAUCCCACCUGCCCGAGUCCGGCGUCACGGAGGCUGGCCUUGCACGCUCGCUCGCAUCACUCGACACGCACUUGCGCCUGCGCACCUACCUUGUCGGCUCGGCGCUCUCGCUUGCCGACGUUGCCGUUGUCCUCGCACUCUCCGAGGUCAACAAGCAAUGGGCUGCCGCCUCCCGCGACGGCAAGUUUGUCGAGGUGACCCGCUGGGCGACCCACCUGGCCACCCUUGCGCCGUUUGGCAAGCGCGUGCACUACCCUGGAAAGAAGCACGAGCGGGAGCCUUCCUCCUCUGGCGCUGCCUCUGCCUCGUCGGGUGCGGCCCCUGCCUCCAAGAGCCUCGCCUACCAGCAUGCCAGCGACAACCAGGUGAUCAAGAACCAGUCGGCCAAGUUUGUCGUGCUGCCCGGUGCCGAGAUGGGCAAGGUCGUGACCCGCUUCCCCCCGGAAGCCAGCGGCUACCUCCACGUCGGCCACGCCAAGGCCGCGCUGCUCAACGAGUACUAUGCUCGCAUCUACGAGGGCACGCUCAUCAUGCGCUUUGACGACACCAACCCGGCCAAGGAGAACUCUGAGUUUGAGCAGGCCAUCCUCGAGGAUCUCGAGAGCCUCGGCAUCAAGCCCGACAAGUUCACACACACCUCGGACUGGUUUGACACCAUCCUGCAGUACGGCGAGCGCAUGCUCAAGGAGGGCAAGGCGUUUGUGGACGACACCCCCGUCGACAAGAUGCGCAGCGAGCGCGAGGCGCGCCAAAACUCGUACCGUCGCGACGCCUCCGUCGAGGACAACCUCAAGCUGUGGGCUGAGAUGAUCAAGGGCUCCCCCGUUGGUCUGACGUGCUGCAUGCGUGCCAAGAUUGACAUGCAGAGCAACAACGGCGCCCUGCGCGACCCCGUCAUGUUCCGCUGCAAGAACGAAAUCCACGUCCGCACCGGCGACAAGUACAAGUGCUACCCGACGUACGACAUGGCCUGCCCCAUCGUCGACUCGCUCGAGGGCGUCACACACGCACUCCGCACCACCGAGUACCACGACCGCGAUGCCCAGUUCUACUGGAUUAUCGACGCGCUGGGUCUCCGCAAGCCCAUGAUUUACGACUACUCGCGUGUCAACCUCUCAUACACUGUGCUUUCCAAGCGCAAGCUGCAAAAGCUCGUCGACAUGAAGCUUGUGGACGGCUGGAACGACCCGCGCUUCCCCACCGUUCGCGGCGUGCUGCGUCGCGGCAUGACGGUCGGCGCCCUUCGCGACUUUAUCAUCUCGAUUGGCUCGUCCAAGAACUCGAACCUCAUGGAGUGGGACAAGUUCUGGGGCUACAACAAGAAGCACAUUGACCCUGUUGCUCCGCGCUUCACUGCCAUCGAGCGCGACUCUGCCGUGCCCAUUCGCGUUCUGAACGGCCCCGCCACCCCCGAGGAGACGGACGUUCCGCUGCACCCCAAGGACGCCAGCAUUGGCACCAAGAAGGUUGUUCGCGCCAACGCGCUCAUCAUGGAGCGUGUUGAUGCCGACGCCAUCAAGGAGGGCGAGAUUAUUACGCUGAUGAACUGGGGCAACCACAUUGUCCGCAAGAUUUACCGCGAGCACGGCAAGCCCAUCGCCUCGGUCGACGUCGAGUACCUGCCCGAGGACAAGGACUUUAAGAAGACCCAAAAGUUCACUUGGAUUGCCAACGUCCCCGGCAAGUCGCUCGUGCCCGUCCUUUCGUCCGACUUUGACUACCUCAUCAUCAAGCCCAAGAUUGAGGAGGAGGACAACAUUGACGACAUUCUCACCCCCAAGACCCGCUUUGACACGCAAUUGCUCGCUGAGCCCGCUGCCGCCAACCUCAAGAAGGGCGAUAUUAUCCAGUUCAACCGCCGUGGCUACUACAUUGUCGACGCCAAGAACGACGAUGGCUCGUUCACCAUGUUCCUCAUUCCCGACGGCUCGGCCGAGAUGGUUGCCUCCAAGGCUGCCGCUGCUUCUGGCGCCAUCGCCUCCAACCCCGCCCUCAAGAAGGAGGCCGCUGCUCCCGCCACGCCCGCCGGCACCUCCUCGGAUGCUGCUGUCGCCAAGCUUGCCGACCAGAUUACCGCACAGGGCAACACUGUUCGCGACCUCAAGGCUGCCAAGGGUGACGCCACUGCCGCUGUUGCCGAGCUCCUCAAGCUCAAGGCCGAGUACAAGGCGCUGACUGGCAAGGACUUUGCCCCCGGUGCUCGCCCUGCUGCUGCCCCUGCUGAAGACAAGAAGAAGGCUCCUGCCGCCCCUGCUGAAGACAAGAAGAAGGCUGCCGCCCCUGCUGCUGCUGCCCCUGUCGCCGCUGCUGCUCCUGCCGCUGCUGCUGGCUCUGGUGAUGAGGCCGCUCUUGCUGCCAAGAUCACCGCCCAAGGCAACAUUGUGCGCGACCUCAAGGCUGCCAAGGGUGACGCCACUGCUGCCGUUGCCGAGCUCCUCAAGCUCAAGGCCGAGUACAAGACUUUGACUGGCAAGGACUUUGCCCCUGGUGCUCGCCCUGCCGCUGCCCCUGCUGAAGACAAGAAGAAGGCUGCCGCCCCUGCUGCUGCCCCUGUCGCUGCUGCCGCCGCUGCUCCUGCCGCCGCUGCUGCUGCUUCCACCUCCGCCGCUGCUGGUGCUCCCGUCUCUGAUGCCGAGGCCGCUCUCGCUGCCAAGAUCUCUGCUCAGGGCAACGUUGCCCCGACUCCCACCCCUGCCGCUGCUGCUGCUGCUGCUGCUCCCGCUGCCGCCAAGGCGGAGGCCAAGCCCGCCAAGGAGAAGGCCGCCGCUGCCUCGUCCGCUGCAUCAUCUGCCGCCGAGGACGAGAAGCGCAUUCUGAUUGGCGUUGAGGCCGACAAGGCAACCAACUUCCACGAAUGGUACACUCAGACCAUUGUUCGCGCUGAAAUGAUCGAGUACUACGACAUUUCUGGCUGCUACAUUCUUCGCCCGUGGGCUUGCUCCGUCUGGGACCACAUUCGCGACUUUUUCGACCGCGAGAUCAAGCUGCUCGGCGUCGAGAACGCCUACUUCCCCAUGUUUGUGUCCAAGAGCGCCCUCGAGAAGGAGGCAGACCACAUUGCUGACUUUGCCCCCGAAGUCGCCUGGGUCACCAAGAGCGGUCAGUCCGACUUGGCCGAGCCCAUCGCGCUUCGCCCCACCAGCGAGACCAUCAUGUACCCAUCGUUCGCCAAGUGGAUUCGCUCGCACCGCGAUCUCCCGCUCAAGAUCAACCAGUGGGCCAACGUUGUCCGCUGGGAGUUCAAGAACCCCACGCCGUUCCUGCGCACCCGCGAGUUCCUCUGGCAGGAGGGCCACACUGCGUACGAGACCAAGCCCGAGGCCGACAAGGAGGUUUUGCAGAUUCUCGAGCUCUACCGCCGCGUCUACGAGGAGUACCUCGCCGUCCCCGUCAUCAAGGGCAAGAAGUCCGAGAAGGAGAAGUUUGCCGGCGGUCUGUACACGACCACGGUCGAGGCCAUCAUCCCUUCCACCGGCCGUGGUGUUCAAGGCGCCACCAGCCACAACCUUGGCCAGAACUUUUCCAAGAUGUUUGACAUUCUGAUUGAGGACAACGACCGUCCCGGCCAAAAGAAGCACGUCUGGCAAAACUCGUGGGGUCUGACCACCCGCACGAUUGGCGUCAUGAUUAUGCUCCACGGUGACAACAAGGGUCUUGUUUUGCCCCCUCGCGUCGCCUCGCUUCAGGCCGUCAUCGUCCCCUGCGGCAUCACCGCCUCGCUCUCGGAGGCCGACCGCGCCGCCCUCAUGGCUUACGGCAAGCAAGUCGAGGACGCCCUCCGCGCUGGCGGCAUCCGCGUCAAGUUUGACGACCGUGACAACUACACUCCCGGCUACAAGUUCAACCACUGGGAGCUGCGCGGCGUUCCGCUGCGCAUCGAGGUUGGCCCCCGCGACAUGAAGAACAAGCAGAUUGUUGCCGUUCGCCGCGACACUGGCGAGAAGACUUCGCACUCGGUCGACAACAUUGCCACGACUGCCAAGACCCUCCUGACCACCAUCCAGGACUCGCUUCUUGCUCGCGCAACUGCCGUUCGUGAUGCUCACGUUCGCCGCAUCGAGAACUGGGAAGACUUUGUUCCCGCGCUCAACGCCAAGUGCGCCGUCCUUGCCCCCUGGUGCGACGAGACUCCUUGUGAGGAGGACAUUAAGAAGAGCUCUGCCAAGGUUGACACGGAUGACGGUUCUGGCGCUGCUAUGGGUGCCAAGAGCUUGUGCAAGCCCUUCGAGCAGCCCGAGCUCAAGGCUGGCCAGAAGUGCGUCAAGUGCGACAAGCCCGCCAAGGUUUUCUGCCUCUUUGGCCGAAGCUAUUAA